UCGCAUCUUCGAUUUUCCAAAACAUUUGAUGUUGUAGUCUGUUGUUGCUGUAGAGAUCUUUUGUUGAAGGAAGGUGAUAAAGAAAAAGAAAUAGGAACAAUACAUACACAACAUCCGUAAGAAAGAUUUUUGUUGAAUUUCAAUAGACCAAAACUGCGAAAUAAUCAACAACAGUCGCAAGAUGACCUCAGCUAGAAUGAACUUUGACAUUACGCGACCUGGACCGCACGUGGCAUGGGGUUUUCGCCUGCAGGGUGGGGCAGAAUUCGGAAGCCCUCUUUCCGUUCAGAGGGUUUUUAACGGAAGUCCGGCGGACACCAUACUGCAUCGCGGUGACGUCAUUUUGUCCGUUAACGGAAGUGACCUCAGUCACGUGACCCUUAUGCAAGGACAGGAUGUCAUUAAGAAUGCAGGCGACAGACUGACUUUGGGGAUUUUGAGAGAAGCAAGCUCUUCUUCUGUUGUGUCCGAAAAUGUAAGCCAUGCAAUACCGGUGCAACAUGAACAUUAUCAUUCACAACAACAACGAACUUACGAACCUUCUCAGCAUCAACAACAGCAUCAAUCAUUCUCCCCGCAACAACAAUUUUCACCCCAACCCCAACAACACGCCACCUCUCACGUGACUUGGCAGCCAACCAAUCAGGAACAUUUCAUUUAUUCUGAUGAGAAGCAAGUUGACGAUGAGCACUUGAAGUCAGUGAGAGAUGUUAAGCAGAUGUUCAACCAUGCGAAUUAUGACGGCCCACACUCGCCUUCCCAAAUUCAUCAGCAAAUGCACGCCGAACAGCCAGCUUACCAACAUCCGCCAGUUCAACACCAUCCGGCUCUCGCCGACCACCACAUCCAGUCAGUAAAAUUCCCAGCAGUCUACCAGCAACGCUCUUCCUACAAUCCUCUCGACUUCCAGGGCGUCAACAAAAUUGCGAAGCAGCCAGUGAACAGACCACCAGGCUUGAUUCAACGUGGAGCAGUGGAUACCAAACCACUCGGAACUUCAUUAAGCUACCAGCAACCACCGCAAAGAUCAGUGGCAGCUGCAACAGCUGCCAGCAAGCAUCAACCUUCAUACGACCACCAAAAACCAGCCGCAGCGGCUUCAAAUGCGCCCACUAGCGAUCUUGAUCCGAUGACAGAUUUUUAUCUUCAUGGACUACACGCCAAGAGCGGACUGCCAGAUUUCUCUGGAAGGCAACAUAAUUUCAACUACACUGGAAAGAUUCUGCCGCCUCGGAACGAAGGCAACCUGAAAACGCCAACAGGAAGCACAGCCAAGAAGGAGUUUAUCGCCGGUCAGUCAGCUGUCCUCCAAGCUCUCCAAGAAGAAGAAAAGAUGGGCAGAACAGGGGGAGGAGAGAAAAAAAUUCGAGAGGAUGGAAAUGUUGUGAGUGUUGGGGGUGGCGCUCCUGUUUAUCAACAACCGAAAGGUGGGCAGUCCCAUCUGGCUCAACUGCUGGAGAAGGAUCAAGCGAUGCUGGCUCCCUACCAAAAUGAACGCACGCAAAACUGGCAACAACAACAACAAAACUUCUCAUCAAGUCCACAGCACUUUCAACAACAUCAUCAGCCACAACAUCAUCAACAACAACAACAACAGAAACACGUCGUUAAAUCAUCUGUGCAAUUAAUUGCCUCGCCUAGAAGCGACCACCCGCAACAACAACAGCAACAACAACGGCAACACUACUACGUCAGUAGCAACUACCAACCGCAGCAGCAGCAGCAGCAGUGGCACUCAGCAACCACAACGACCACAGCAAUUCCUGAAACAGAUUUCUGAAACCUCCAUCGAAUAAUAUCGGAUAUCGUAAAUAUAAUUUGACGGCUGAAUAAUUUUUGCUAUGUCCUUCUUUGGAAGAGUAUUUUGCGUUAAAGAAUGCGUCGUUGUUUUUUUUUCUUUUGGUGAUGACGUCAUUCAGUAGGGCACCGACAAGAAUGAUGAUGAUGAUGAGGACGAUGAUGAUAUGAGGACGAUGAUGAUGAAGACGAUGAUGUGGUGAACAUUUAUAAUGAUGAAGAUGACGAAUCACACCGAUCAAACUAAAUAGUAACUUUUAUUUUUUAUUGCCAAACCAUUUUUCAAUACUUUCGUCAAUCAUAAUGAUAUAACAUUAUUUUGUUUUUAUUAGUAUCUGGUAGGUGAGUAUUUCUACUAUGUUAGAGGUUAAAUAACUAAUUAGUUCUGAAGUUAUAACUAUUAAUGAUUACAUGUGAUGCCAGUGCUUUUAGACAUAGAUGCAACCUUAAUUGUGUUAACAUUAUAGACUUAUUUUGAUUUAUAAUUUUGAAAGAUUUCGGUGUAGAUAAAAAAAUUUUAAAUUUAAAUUUAAAAAAAUUAAAUAAUAAAAUCAUUAUGAUAAACAAACACACAAACAAUUAAACAGACAAACAAACCAUUAUAUAGAAAUAGAACUCAAUGAUUUCAUUUUAUUCAUCUUCGAAUCUUCAAAAAUAAAACCAA